AUGGCAGCGGCCAAAGCAGUACCUACAGGGCUAUAUGCCGACAACAUCUCCAUCGCAUCCUCCGACCUCGUCAAGAUCCACGUCGGCGGCGCCUCGCCCGACGAAGUCUCCGUCCACCGCGACGUCAUCUGCAGCACCUCCGAAUUCCUCAAGAAUGUCAACUGGCUGUACACGGGCAUCGUCCGCGUCGUCGAGGGCCAGCUGGGAAGUGCUAAAGAGUACACGCUGCUUGGGCAGCUGUACCUGAUAGGAACCACGUUGAAGGACGCGAAGUUCAGGAACGCCAUCGUCAGCGUGCUGCUCAGAUCCGCCCGGGAGCCGAAGUCCGGAAGUGCGAAGUGUCUGCCCAACCAUAGUUGUAUCAAUUCGGCGUACAAUCCAGCCUACCUCGCCGCAGGGUUGGACCAGAGAGCGCUUCAGAGAGCGCUCGUGGAGAUCUAUGCCAGCGAGGAGGACUCUGCGUACCUGCUGGCGGUCAAGGAUAAGGUGGAACGCAACUUCUUGAGCGAUCUUAGUAUGAGGUUGAUGGAGAUGCGGCUGGCGAAGCACAAGAAUAUGUUUGAGGUGAGGGACUGCGCGUUCCAUGAGCACAAGCCGAAAGAGAAGUGUGAAGUACAACAACCGGCCAAAAAUAGACGCCGGGAGCAGUGA